GACCCGUUAUGAAAGCACCAUAGGGCUGUCCGUAGGACGCCUGUACGAAACGAGAUGUUUCUAUUGGAUAACAUAUGAUGUAACCUGGUCAGGAAUAGCGAGGCCUUCUCCGAGCUUGCAGGCUGAGUGACAUUGCUUCAGCUCCAUACAGAGAGAUGAGUGCCGGGCUUGGGCGCCUGGUCUCGACCGGGACAAUCAAAUGGUCUCACGUCCUGAGGUUGCGGGGUUUGUCCAGCAGAGCAGGGCUGGGUGAGUUUGUGAGGAGGAGCGUUGUGACGCCUCUCAACCCUACAUGGAAACUGACGCCAGCUUCGUCAUUCUUAUGGUCUAAACCGCCCAAAGGGUUUGAGAAGUAUUUCAAGAAAGACAAGGAAGGUGGCUCAGAAAACACGCAAAAAGCAGCCGAUAAAGCAAAGGAUUCCGGUUCUGGAGAUAAAGGUGGGAACAGCAACAAGGAUGGCAAGAAAGAUGACACGUCGUGGUUUCAAAGGUUACAGAAGGGAGACUUCCCCUGGGAUGAUAAGGAUUUUCGAAACCUAUUUAUACUGGCAGCUGGACUCGCCAGUGGGUUUUUUAUGUUUUAUAUGCGGGAUACAGGAAGAGAGAUCAACUGGAAGGAGUUUGUGCACCUGUACCUUGCAAGAGGAGUGGUCGAACGCCUGGAGGUUGUAAACAAACAGUUUGUACGAGUGAUUCCUGUUCCUGGAGCCACCACCGAGAAAUAUGUAUGGUUCAACAUCGGCAGUGUGGACAGCUUUGAGCGCAAUCUGGAAACGGCACAGCAAGAGCUGGGGAUAGAACCACACCAGCAUGUUACGGUCAUAUACUCCUCAGAGAGUGAUGGGUCCUUCCUAAUGAGUCUGAUACCCACUCUUCUCCUAGUGGGCUUCCUGCUCUACAGCCUAAGGAGGGGAGCGAUGGGUCCAGGCCGAGGAGGGAGAGGUGGUGGCCUCUUCGGAGUUGGGGAGACCACAGCCAAGAUGCUGAAGGGGAACAUAGAUGUGAAAUUUCGGGAUGUAGCAGGAUGUGAAGAAGCGAAACUGGAGAUUAUGGAGUUUGUGAAUUUCCUGAAAAAUCCAAAACAAUAUCAGGAGCUGGGAGCCAAGAUCCCACGGGGAGCAAUGCUUACUGGCCCCCCAGGCACAGGAAAGACCCUUCUCGCCAAAGCCACAGCUGGAGAGGCCAACGUGCCGUUUAUCACGGUGAAUGGCUCUGAGUUUCUGGAAAUGUUUGUCGGUGUCGGUCCAGCCAGGGUACGGGACAUGUUUGCAAUGGCUCGGAAGAAUGCACCGUGUAUACUUUUUAUUGAUGAAAUUGAUGCGGUCGGCAGGAAGAGGGGGAGAGGAAACUUUGGUGGGCAAAGCGAGCAGGAAAAUACCCUUAACCAGCUACUGGUGGAGAUGGAUGGGUUUAAUUCCAGCACGAAUGUGGUGAUCCUUGCUGGUACAAACCGACCGGACAUCUUAGACCCUGCCUUGAUGAGACCUGGACGCUUUGAUCGUCAGAUUUACAUUGGCCCUCCUGAUAUAAAAGGAAGAGCCUCCAUCUUUAAAGUGCACUUACGACCUUUGAAGCUGUCCGAAGAUCUCAGCGUAGACAAUUUGUCACGGAAGCUGGCAGCAUUGACUCCAGGGUUCACAGGUGCUGACAUUGCCAAUGUUUGCAACGAGGCAGCGCUGAUUGCUGCCCGCUAUCUGAAGGACUCUGUGGUGGAGAAGGACUUUGAGAAGGCCAUCGAGCGUGUCAUUGGUGGGUUGGAGAAGAAAACUCAAGUCCUGCAGCCAGAUGAGAAGCUCACCGUAGCUUACCACGAAGCUGGACAUGCAGUAGUUGGAUGGUUUUUAGAGCAUGCUGAUCCGUUACUCAAGGUUUCCAUUAUUCCUCGAGGGAAAGGUUUAGGUUACGCACAGUACCUCCCUAAGGAGCAGUACCUGUACACACAGCAGCAGCUGUUUGAUCGCAUGUGCAUGAUGCUCGGUGGUCGUGUGUCAGAGCAACUCUUCUUUGGCCGCAUUACCACAGGGGCACAGGAUGACCUGAAGAAGGUCACACAGACUGCAUAUGCACAGAUCGUACAGUUUGGGAUGAGUGCGAAGCUGGGCCAAGUAUCAUUUGACCUCCCACGUCAGGGAGAAAUGGUUGCAGAGAAGCCAUAUAGUGAAGCUACAGCAGAGCUUAUUGACCAAGAGGCCAGAAAUCUCAUCAACUCUGCCUAUGAUAGGACCAUGGAGCUGCUUACACGGUACAGGGAGCAAGUGGAGAAGGUGGGGAAGCGCCUUCUAGAGAAAGAAGUCUUGGAGAAAUCCGAUAUGAUUGAACUGCUGGGACCUAGACCGUUCGCUGAGAAGUCCACUUAUGAAGAGUUUGUGGAAGGGACAGGCAGCUUUGAGGAGGACACGUCUCUACCAGAGGGUCUGAAGGACUGGAAUCAGGAGCGGGUAGAAGAACAGGAGCCUAAGAGGCAGGAGAAUACAGUCUAACGAACACUAAAGCCACAGGGCUAUAUAUAAUAUAUAUAUAU